AUGCGAACUUUUACAGCAGGAGUAGCUGUAUUGGGCUUUGCCGCGGCGCAAGAGCAGCCAUGUGUUGGGUCGCUUCCGAUGGAGUGCGACUUGGAGUGCGCUGAUGCUCCGCCAGCUGGCUGCAACGCUGAAGGAAAAGACCCUCUUUGCCGAUUCUGUGGGUUUGACGGCUUCAGAGACUGCAAAGGAAACGGACCGUGCUGCUGCACCGAUUGCGACGAAAACUGCAAGGCAACCACUACGAAAUCAACAACGACUACUCGAACAACCACGACUUCUCGCUCUACUGAGUCGACCACAUCUGGUUCCACCAGCCAAACAUCUUCAGGAACAACGUCACAGUCGCACACAACCAGUGGCAGCAACAAUGGCGGCGGUGGUGGAAACGGCGGCGGCAGCAUUGGCGGUGGUCCUGACUGCUCCAACGUCAUCGCCGAGCCAGGCGAGCUCGUCUUUGAAGAAAACUGGGAAUAUUUGAACAUGGACAUUUGGGAGCACGAAAUCACGAUGGGCGGCGGAGGCAACUGGGAAUUCCAGACCUACUUGAACAACCGCACCAAUUCGUACGUCAAGGACAACACGCUCUACAUCGCGCCCACCUUCCUCGCCGAUGUCGAAGGAGAGUCCUUCCUCUGGACUGGAAAUCAAGAUCUCUGGGGCGCUUCUCCAGCCGAUCAAUGCACCGGAAACGCCUGGUGGGGCUGCCAGCGACAAGGAACAAAUCCCAACUACCUGAACCCGAUCAACUCUGCUCGUCUCCGAACAGUGCGCGCGAUCAACCUCCAAUACGCAAGAAUCGAAAUCGAAGCCCAACUUCCUCGAGGCGACUGGCUUUGGCCAGCAAUUUGGAUGAUGCCCAAACACCUGAGCUAUGGAAAGUGGCCUGCAUCCGGAGAAAUCGACAUCAUGGAAUCUCGUGGCAACGAUAAAGUCACCGACCCUCGAAACGGCGAGGAAGUUGGCAACAACUGUUUCGGGACGACGCUUCAUUGGGGCCCGGCUUGGAACAUGAAUGGCUUCCCAAAGACGCAUGCGAAUCAUUGCUACAAUCCGGGAGAGUUGACGGGUCAAAUGCACACUUAUACCGUCGACUGGACUUCGGAAUACAUCGCUUGGGAAUUCGACGGUCAGGAGGUUUACAGAGUUGAUACAAACGGCUACUCCGGCUUCUGGCAAAUGGGCGACUGGGACACCACCGCUCCCGGCCUCUCGAAUCCCUGGGAAUACGGAACUCGAAACCAGAAAAUGGCUCCUUUUGACACUGAAUUCUACCUGAUCAUGAACCUCGCCGUUGGUGGAGUGAACGAAUACUGGUCCGAUCAGUUCAUUUACGAAAACCCAAAGCCGUGGACUUCUCAGUCGACUCAGGCGAUGAAGGACUUUUGGGACCGAAAAAACACUUGGGAGCAUACUUGGAAUGGAGAAGACGCUGCGAUGAAAAUCGGCCGAAUCCGAAUGUGGCAGCGAGGAGAUGGAACCGAGCAGCUUCAAGAAACUUUCAACUACGAGUCAAAGGGCUCGACCAAAAUAGAGAGCUUGAGCUCUUGUGGAGCUAAAGAGGUAUUGAAGGAUUCAAGUCGACGCAAACAGGAAACCAUAAUUGAAUUUCGCUGCGAAGAAAAGUGCAUGCGCUUUGAGAAGACUCUUGUGACUUAUUUUCUCGGCCUUUCUAUAAUUCGUUCCCCGAUCAACGAAUAA